AUGGCGCAUCUCACUGGACAUACCACUAUCGCGGCGGAUGACAUAUCGCCUGCGAAGGACGUGGCCUAUGCUGAGUCGGACAGCACGACUGAGCUCAAUGCUGAUAGCGACACUAGCAUUUCAGAGACAGGAGGUCGAUCUGUCACCACCUCGAGACGCAAGAUGGCACAAUCGAAGCCUGUUAGAGAGCAAGUCAGCGGCUUGUUCGAAGAGAACGUCACUGCCAAAAUCUUCAGAACAGCCGCAGAUGCUCUUGUAAACAAUGAUCCCCCAACGGCGUACCCAGAGUACGUCCUGCAGACGGGCCCAGAAGCCGGCAAAUACAUCUUGCGAGAGGCCGACUUCUGGACCUGUGGUUUCUUCCCGGGCAACAUCUACUCCCUAAUUGAGAGGCUGGUCAAGUUCCCUCACACCAUGCCCGGCAGACAAGAAAAUGCGGCUCUGCUGUCAAAGCUCUGGUCUCUCGGUGCCGCAUGGUCAGACCCUCUCCACACCACGGCCAAGCGUACGGAUACCCACGACAUGUCCUUCAUGAUUCAGCCGUCAAUGAGAGUCAGGUGGGAGGUCGCGCAAGACAAGCAGGCCCUCGAUUCCAUCGUUACCGCAGCAAAGGCUCUGCAUACGCGGUACAACUCCACCGUCGGGGCCAUCCGGUCGUGGGACGCGCUGACCCAGCAUGGUGUCACCAUUACGAGUCUGACGGACGACUUCCUCGUCAUCAUCGACUCCAUGUGCAAUCUGGACCUGCUUUACUACGCGGCAUCUCACACCGGAGAGCAAGAACUAUGGGAUGCCGCCACAAGACACGCCAAGACGUUGCUCAAGUCUAACCUCCGCACCGAAAAGGACGCGAGGGGUCUCGUCAAGGAAAAGCUGUACAGCACCAUUCACGUCGUCAACUUUGAUCCCAAGAACGGCGAGAUCAAGGAGCGACGCACAGGUCAGGGAUACGCCGCCGAGUCAACAUGGGCGAGAGGCCAGGCGUGGGCCAUUCUCGGCUACGCGCAGACAUUCAUGUGGACCGGCGACGAAGAGUUCUUGGACGCGUCCCGGGGCCUGGCCGAGUAUUUCAUCAUGCGACUGGAGACAUCGCCAAAGUCUGUCGAGUUCCCCGUGGGGGGAGAGAACAGGAACAAGGGCCGGUACGUCCCGCUCUGGGACUUUGACGCGCCAAUCGAGAACGAGGACUUUCCUCUGAGGGACUCAUCCGCCGGUGUCAUCGCCGCCAACGGCAUGCUGGUUCUGUCGCAAGCCUUGGCUGGACAGGGUCUGGCGAGGGAGAGCGCGAGGUUUCGGGACAUGGCCAUUACGAUUGUCAAGGAUACUCUGGACUUCUCACUGGCGACGGAGAAGGCGAAAUUCGUCUUCCGUGAUGGCGAGAUCUCGGUCGCAGACGUCGAGGAGGGUCAGACCUUUGACGCUAUCCUGAAGAACGCUACAGCGAACCACAACACGCGGGAUCACAAGAGAUACUGGGACCAUGGAUUGGUUUAUGGCGACUACUAUUUGAUUGAGUUUGGCAACAGAUUACUUAAGAUGGGAUUGGUGUAA